ACUUAUUGAUUUCCACAUUCAUUAAUUGCUUCUAAACUCACUGUAUUCUUUAUUCUCUGGUGUGAAAGUAAAGCUAGCAGCUGUUUUCAAUCAUCCACCAACUCCUAAUCUAGCUUUUUAUGAGCAUAUGUUUCUGCAAAUAUAUUUUAAAUUUGAUUAAAAUGGCAUGGAAGCAUUUUAUUUUAAUCUCUUUGGCAUGCUGAGGCUGGGAUACUGAGAAACUGGCUUGUUUUAUGAUUAGUGUAGAAAUGAGAAACUAAGAUUUUUUAGGAAAUAUAGUUAACUAUUUCUUUAUGUCAAGCUGAAGGUAGAUAAUAAAGACGUUCGUGGCUUCAUCAUGAAUUUACAAGAGGAUGGAAGAUAAGUUGGCUCCUUGAGUUCCUUAAUUACCUCUAUUCAAAUUAUUGUUGUCCCUUUACCACUUAUUCAUUUCUUCAUUUUGCAAGCUCACUAUUCUCUGUACAUUGACGUAGAGUUUACAUUUUCAGAAUCUAAUUACGCUUAGCAGAGAAUAAAGAAGAACAAUUGCACCAAUCAUGGUCUUAAAGCCUUAAGGACAGACAUGAGCAUCAACCAUCUCUUACAUGUGCGCAUUGCUUCUAUUGGUUGGAUCUCUAUUCUCAAAGAGUUUGGUAUUUCCUGUUUGUUCGUGAUGUUCUCUUGAUAUAGUUUUCUUUCACUAAUUCCAGGGUCUAUCUGUGACCCUUGUGGUCUUCAGGGGUUCUGUGAGAGUGGAGUUGAGCAAAACAUAUUUGAAUGGACCGAGGAAGAAGCAUUGGCUGAGCGGCAGAGAAUGUUUGCAGAGGCACAUGCAAUAAUAAUCUGUGGAGCCCCUGCUCCUAGUCCUAGACAGCCACAGGUUGAUCAAAAUUUUGAGAGUUAAACUUACAAGUGAUUAACAGAGUAUGCAAAGCUUAGAAACAUCUGUACGAAAUCAGUUCCCAGUUUCUGGUCUCUUCAAUCUAUUCUUGAUCUGUGCAUUUCAGAUCAUGUGCUGGUUGAUCUUGAGCUACAUCCUCCACUCGGGAUCAAACUACAUCAUUACAAUGAGUUCUCAUAGAUGCCUACAGGCAGCAGCGCCAAAACGAGAUUUUUUCUAUAGAUGCUGCAGUAGAGUCAAUGGCAAAAUGCAGUUGAAGGCGACCAAGAUUUAGUUUAUGUUGAGGAGGUAAAAUCAUAUAACGGCUAAUCUUUUUUUCAAAAGAAAAGUUUCCCUCUUCCUUCAUACCAUUGGCUCAUUAAACAAUGAAGUGUCAGUUACAGAAGUUGGUAUAAUGUUUGCUCCACAACCAGCAACGGCCAUGAGAUUUCAGUAACUAUCAGAUAAGCCUUACGUCACCUGUUAUGAUACUUUGCAUCUCCAUAAGACACAGCUCAGAAAUUUUCAGAGGUUGCAUUUUCCGACCAAUGUUCAUUAUGAACAGUGUUGUCUCUACUCUUUUGUAUGGUCUCGAUCCUCGGCUCCCAUAAUUUUACUCGUUUGAGAUUUGGGUCAAAAUGUAAAAGGGGCGGUCAAGCAAAAUCACCCCCCAAUCCUCCUCUCUCGUUCCCUCUCUCUCUCUACCCACAAGAAAGUGAAAGAACACUCACUUUGUCUCCUCAGAUUCCUUUCUUUUCCAUUUCUACAUCUCUCUCUCUCUCUCUCUCUCUCUCUCUCUCUCUCUCUCUCUCCAUAUUUCGUAUAUCAGCUGGUGGGUCAGUGUGUGUUUCUUUUGUCAGGAUUCUCUUGCGCUGCCUAGAAAAAUAAAGAAUUUUGAGUACUGCCCCCACAUACCAAAUUAAAGAGAAGAGCCCAGAAUCUCCUCUCAUUCUCUUAUAUUCUCUCACCCAGUCUCAUCUCAAAUAUUUUAAGGAACUGUCUUGCUCUCAUCCUUUGCUUUUCAUAUGAAGACGGUCAUGGAUUCCUCCUCCUCCAGAAGACACUUCCACUGGACCAGGAAGGUGGGGAACGAAGAAGAAGAAGACGAUCAAUGCCCACUCCCAACCCUCAAAACCUCCUCCGUAGGCGCCGAGCAGCAGGAAGAGAUGAAGAAAAAGAACAGAGUCGUCUCUCCAGAGCCGCAGCAGCAGCAGCAGCAGCCAUCGCAUCCCGCAGCCCAAGCUCAAAGAAGGAAGAUGCCGGCCGUUGCGGUUGCACGGUUGCGUUCGGUUCUCACAGUGUUUGGCAAAAAUCGGUCGAACCUUUCUCUGGGUCUGGGGCCUCGGGUCAUCGGAACCCUUUUCGGUUCUCGGCGUGGCCAUGUGCACUUUGCAUUCCAAAGAGACCCCAACUCCGAACCUGCCUUUUUGGUAGAGCUGGCGACGCCUAUUAGUGGUUUAGUAAAAGAAAUGGCGUCUGGGUUGGUCCGAAUUGCAUUGGAAUGUGAUAAAGAGAAAGAAGGGGAAAAGAAAGCAGUGAGACUACUAGAAGAGCCUGUCUGGAGGACAUUUUGCAAUGGGAAGAAGAGUGGUUUUGCUUCGAGGAAGGAUUGUGGGGCCAAAGAGAUGAAAAUCCUCAAGGCUGUGGAGCCAAUUUCGAUGGGUGCAGGUGUUCUGCCAGGAAACUAUGAAGCUGAAAUCGAAACGGCUGGAGCUGAGUCGCCUGAAUCUGAAACUGGUUCUGAUAAUGAAAUCAUGUACAUGAGAGCCAAAUUUGAGAGAAUUGUGGGUUCGAGAGAUUCCGAAGCUUUCUACAUGAUGAACCCAGAUAGCAAUGGAACUCCUGAACUCAGUAUCUAUUUGCUUAGAGUCUAAUUAAGCUGCAGCCAUGAAAGCUCUGGAUAUUGCUCAUCUGAAAAGAAUUUAGUCGAGCCUUGAUGGAGCCUAGCUAGUUUUCCCCAUAACCUUACUUUUGUUUUUGAUUUUCCUUUUUUCUUCUUCUGAUCUUUUGGGAUAAUUUAAUGGUUAGUGGGUUAUUGUAUCUUGUUAGAGUAGGUGGGGGGCAAUACAUUAUAACAUGAUGGGAGGAGGGGCCAUGAAGGUGUAUAUGUAUAGUUUUUUGUUCAGUCCUUUAUAUUUGAUAAGACAAGGUGGGUGUUGCAAUCAAAUGAUUGUCUUUGCAUUUUGGUUAAA